CCGCGAGCCCGUCGGAGUACGAGUCACUUCUCAGCGCUGUUCUCUGCAAUUCUUGAAUGAAUCCCCCGUCCCACUAAUACGCAGUGCAGGUUCUACAAAGAUUGGAAACUGCAGGCCACUGCAGACACAUAUUCAGGAAUAUCUGAGAUUUAGCAGGUGACCCGUGGCUGCCUGAACCACACCUAUGGCUCUGCUGAAAUCUGGCUGGCUUUGGAGGCAGUCUUGGGUUCUCAAGCGAUGGAGGCUGAACUGGUGUGACCUGUGGAUCGAUGGAAGCCUGAUGUUCUACAAGACAGACUCCAGGAGUGACUACGAAACCAGAGUGCGUCUGAAGAGCACUUGCAUGAAUGUAAAACAUGGCCUGGAGUGUGCAGGUGCGAGUCCGCCCGAGAACCAACCCAGGGAGAAUCUGUUGGUCGUGUACCUGAGGGACGGCUCCACCAUGCACCUGUGCGCCAACAGCGAGGACGAGGCGAUGGCUUGGAAGCUCAGCAUCAUGGAAGCUAAACGGAAUCCUUUCUUCUUUUAUGAUCCCUACGAUGACACCUACCAGUCGGCUUUCAUCGACAGCCACAACGCCGUGUGCAUCACACCAGGGGGUGGCAACGGAGGUGUGCACCACGUAUGGGUUCAUGGGGACCGGCACCACAGUGGGGUUGGUGAGCAGAUUGCGUUGGGGCUGCUGGCUGGAAUGGCUACAGGUGCCGCCUUACGCUCGUUCAUGUGGAUGCCCUUUUGGUUCUGCUGACCCACCUGUCGGCGGGGAGACCACCACGGCACCCACAGAUAAAAGCCUUUCACCGGAAGGCUACGGUCUUGAAAGCCGUAGACUGCACUCAGUGCUUACGUAGGCCUCAGUCAACCUAUAACUGUUUGUGACUAUACACUUAAUUUUGCAUACUGCACCAAGCACAUAGUCGGGGGGGGGUCAAGACAAUAGCAGCAGUUUCAAUGGCUUCUACAUAGCAAACCAUCAUGUAUGUUUGUGUAUAACCAUGAAUGGGGAAGUAA